AUGCCCGAGAAGGAGACGAAGCCAUAUGACCGUGCCCAGGUAGAGGCUUUUAGGGAGCUUCAUAUUAGCAGCGCCACGGAUAAGGAAGUCGUGAUUCGAAUGCUCCGCAAGAUUUAUGACCCUUCCAACCCCAGCAACCCGCAUCAGUUGAAUUUCAGAGUAAAGAUAAUAAGGAAUGAUAUCAGUGCUAAGCUCCGAAAAGCUUUGAACGACAGAAAGUUUCUGAAUGAGUUACCCGACCGCAUCCCGAAGGGAGAUCUUGAUGACCUGGCGGUAAAGCUAUACAAUUUGGCUGUAAAGUCGCAUAGACUUAGAGGUUGGGGUGGCUGGGGUCUUUCCAAGAGAAGUGAAAGUGCUUCCUCAGCUCCCCCAGUCUCCUCAGUCGCGAGUACUCCGCGUUUUAAUCCAAACGACCAAAGGCCAUUCGAAUUCACCAAGGCAACAGUCUUGCCCAACGUCGAUAUUCAGAUUAUUCGUGCAAACCGUCCCGACAAGUCCGUGGCAUAUCGACUGUGCGACUUCAUAAGGGAUGAAUGGGAGCUCUCGGCACGUAGUGGCGAUGGGAGCUGGGUCGAUGGUUCCAGACUCCAGAUCGAGCGACUCAAGGCCGCACUGUUGGAUACGAAGCACCUCAAAUCCCAAGAUGAGACGCUGUGGUGGAGCCCGUUGCCUUUGCACCUUAUCGAUGCGUCGAAGGUCAACAUGCAGGCGGCCGAGGAUGAGGAGAUUCUUUUGACGAAUGCGAACUUCUUUUCUUCUUUGCAGCGCUACGUCGAGAUCAAUUUCCCCCACCUGGGUCCUGGAAAUCCGUCGAUUCAGGAGGAAGGGUAUAUUGAGAUUCGGCCGAUUAUUACUCUGAUUGCCAGCGCCACAGUAGCCCUCCUCGCAGAGAACCAAGAGGCAAAGAAAGAUUCUCUCUUCCUCGAAGUGAACGUUCUGGAUACACUCGUGAUCCGGACGCUCCACUUUCCAUCCACCGCACACUGGAUUGGAGGAGGUCCAACAAAAGGACAAGUUCUCACCGGUCCCUUUGAAAAGUGCAAGAAGGACACCAUGUCGAAGGCUAUUGCAGAACGUGACUCCAAGCGAAGAAAGCUCGACCAUAAAAUUCAGUCCAAGCUCGAAAACCUGGGCUCUGAGUUUAUGUCUUACAUCAACGAGUUUACUACUACGAAAGACCGAGCUCUAAGCCAGGAUCUCGCUCCUCACAUCGACUUGGCUACCCAGUUUCUCAACACACUCACCCCACGAUUCGAAAAUUCUGGAAGUAAUGAUACCGAGGAGAAAAUGGUCGACUUCUUCGAAACGGCCCUUGACAUCUUGUACCGGACUGCAUCGUUUCGCGAGGGAGUCAUUUCCGACCACACCAUUCCAUUGAUGACUACGCUGCUGCAAAAGAUUCUAACAGCUAUCGGCGAUCUCGAUGUCGAUACUUCCGAUGAGUCUAUCUUGACCCCUGCCGCGGACAUGGCCAUUCUAAUCCUAGAAUCAGCGUUCCAAAAGUUGGAGCAGGAGGACGAAGACAGGGGCCUGUUUGCCAUCUGCGGUAUAUCCACAUUGGUCCUGAAUAAUCUCAUCACCAAGUUAGUUUGGGGCCCUAAUCAAAGAGAUAUGGUUUCUGUUAUCAAACUUGGUCAGCAACUUCUUAGGGAAAUCAGCGCAGAAUUGCUCGAGAGUAACGAGGAUUCACACCUUGGCCAUCUCCUCGCUAUCGGUACCGCAAUUACGGUUAAAUUGCAAGAAAAGGUCGACGGGGUCCGAGAUGAUGAAGAAGAUGACGAGAUUUGGAUGUUCAAUACCACAAAUCGCCUUCUUGUCCUCAGCAUUGAGCGAAUGAUGAGUGGGCUGAAGGAUGGCACCGCUGAAGCUAAGGUCAACCGUAGAUGGUAUCAUCUAUGCCACCUCUUGGAGCUUGCGGAAGACUCCCCCCUUAUUAAGCUCAGCGAUGACGGGUACGAGGGACUUAUCAUGGCCCUCGUCGAGAUGACCAAAAGAAUCUUCGGCUCUUCGAACGAAUUACUGGAGCAAGUCAUCGUGCUUUUAGAUUCAUUGGCCCCAAUCUUCGAGCUAUAUGGCACCACCAUGGGCAAAAUUCAGCUCGAAAUCCGUCACUCGCCAGAAUUAUUGACUUAUAUCCUGGAAAUGGGUGCUGUCAUCUACAACGAAGUGAUGCUAGAACUUCGCCAAAGUGGUGCCGAGUUCAUCACCCUGGCGAAUGCAGUUUCCGACUUCACGAAGAUUUGUUCUCUAUUCCUGGACCUCAGCGCCAGUGCAGAGAGAGAGAAACUGGAUCGCAAUCAAGCGAAGCUAGACUCUUUACGAGUCAUGGCCAAUUUCCUAGAAUCUCUUAGUACCAUGCAUCAACCAAGCGAUGAGAAUUCAGCCACCGGCAAAGCAGAAGAUGAGAAUGAUUUCGAACCAACCACCCUAAAGCGUUCUAAUUCACUCCAAAAAUUCUAUCGCAGCUACUCUGAUCUUCAGAAGGACGACGAAGAGGCGUUUGAAACUAAGACCUGGGAAACCGAGACAGAGCAGUCUCAUUUUGACCGCCUUGAAAGAUUGCUCAAGUUUAUCGAGGGAGAGUCUAUUCAGAGCACUGCAGAUGAUGGUGGUCUCAAAGAAUGGAAAUUUGAUCCAGGACAGUCUGCUCUCCACAGAGCUCAAGAGAUUCUCGGUUUCAUGCGCAGUCAGACUGACUCGAGUCUUAACAGUUCCAUUUUGAAGCUUGAGGAUAUCCCCGAAUACAGCGGGGAGAGUAGUGAGGAAGGCAGUGAGCAGGGCAGUGAGAAAGGCAGUGAGCAAGGCAGCGAGGGAGAUGAGGACGAGGAAAUGGAGUAG